AUGGCUGCUCUCUCUGAAGCAAUCAACACUUUUACCUUGAAUGUUUUUAAAGAAAUUAGUGAAAAAGAUAGCUCACAGAAUGUGUUUUAUUCCCCCCUGAGCCUCUACUGUGCCCUGGCAAUGGUCUUAGAGGGGGCCAAGGGAAAUACUGCUGCACAGAUACAACAGGUUCUUUCUUUAAACAAAAGUACAGAUGUCCACCACAGUUUCCAGUCUUUUCUUGCAGAAGCUAAUAAAUCUGGUGAUCAAUGCCUGUUAAGAAUUGCCAACAGGCUCUUUGGAGAAAAGACUCGUGAUUUUAUCUCAUCUUUUAAGGAAUCCUGUCAGAAAUUUUAUCAUUCAAAUAUGGAAGAACUUGAUUUUGCUAAUGCAUCAGAGAAAGCAAGAAAAUAUAUAAAUAAGUGGAUAGAAGAAAAGACUGAAGGCAAGAUUGUGGAACUUCUCAGUAAUGAUUCCAUUAAUCCACAGACCUCUCUGGUACUUGUGAAUGCCAUCUAUUUCAAAGGGAAAUGGGAGAAAAAAUUUGACAGACAUAGAACAAGAGAAGAGAUGUUCAAAAUCAGCAAGGAAAAGCAGAAACCAGUACAAAUGAUGUUUUUGAAAUCUAAAUUUAGGAUGACCCACAUACAAGAUGUGUCCACCCAGGUCCUAGUUCUGCCUUAUGUUGGAGGACAAAUGGACAUGGUCAUUUUGCUUCCAGAUGAGAACACAGAUCUAAAAAUGUUGGAACAAGGACUUACUCCUGAGAAACUAACAGAUUGGUUAAAACCAGAGAGGAUGGAGAGGACUGAGGUGGGAGUUUAUCUUCCCAGAUUUAAAUUGGAAGAGAAUUUAGACAUCGAAAACAUUCUUAAAAAAUUGGGCAUGUCAGAUGCCUUUGAUAUGUUCAAAGCUGACUUCUCUGGGAUAUCAUCUGGGAAGGACUUAUUUCUAUCCAAUGUUUUACACAAGGCUUUUGUAGAAGUUAAGGAAGAAGGCACAGAAGCAGCUGCUGCCACUGCAGUAGGGUUCGUGGGAUGUUGUCUUUGUCCUUAUUUUGUGGCUGACCAUCCAUUCCUUUUUCUUAUUCGAGAUAACAGCUCAAAAACCAUUUUGUUUUGGGGCAAAGUGGUCUCUCCAUAAAGAAAUCAUUUAUUAGGGGGUGGAGGGAGAUUUACUUUUCUUUUACAACAUGUCUCUUAUGGAAACGUUUUGUAUAACUUCACAUGUGCCUUCUUGCUAAGCCAUGGGACCCUGCCGACAGGGAGUACAGAGGCCAUCUCAACCUCUGGUACACAAUCAGUUUUCUGCCACGUUGCAGAAACGCCCUUGUUGAGCAAGGAGCAAUGAUUUGUGAUCAUGGGAACGAGUGUUGAGCCAGAGGGUCACAGCUACUUGCUCAUGAGCAGGGAUGACUUGACAAGGCCUCUCUCUGUGAGCAGAUGCUGAAUUGCUGGAUUGGCUCUCCUCCCAUGGAAAGAUACCAGCAUAUGUAAAGCCCACGACCUGCUUCUCUGAAUGGUGAUUGGGGAUUGCCUACUGUUCACAUGCUGAUCACACUUGCAGAAAUGUAUAUCAACAAAGAUGUACUGCAUAAUAAACUGGAACUCUUUUCACACUC